GGAAUCCCAACCUAACAUUUAAACACCAACGGCCCGUUUGACAAUCGCAACGGAAACCAUCAGCAUCAGCAACGAAGCAUAACACCAAAACCUCCUCACCAGCCUGUCAAGAUGACCAACAAGACCCUCAUCUUCAAGAAGGUCCCCACCGGCCUCCCCGUGCCAGGCGAGCACCUCACAAUCGAGGACCAGCCCUUCGACCAGGCCGCCCCACCCCCCAAGGGCGGCAUAACAGCCCAGAUCCUCUGGGCCUCCUUCGACCCGUAUUUGCGCGGCAAGAUGCGCCCCGCCACGACCAAGUCCUACUCCCCGCCCUUCGACCUCGGCGGGCCCGUGUCCAACGACACCAUCGCGCGCAUCCUCAAGUCCGACUCGCCCGACUUCGCCCCCGGCGACACCGUCGUCGCGUACCUGCCCAUCGCGCAGUUCGCGCGCGUCGAGGGAGGCCCCCAGCUGGCCGCCCGCGUCAGGAAGAUCGACAACCCGCUGGGCCUCGACCUCGCCUACUUCCUCGGCCCGCUGGGCAUGCCGGGCCUGACGGCGUACUCGGCGCUGCACCGCAUCGGGGCGCCGCGGAAGGGGGAGACCAUCUUCGUCAGCUCGGCGGCUGGGGCGGUCGGGCAGGUGGUCGGGCAGGUGGCGGCGCGGGAGGGGUUGAGGGUUAUUGGGUCGGUUGGGUCGGAUGACAAGCUUGAGUUUAUUACGAAGGAGCUGGGGUUCGAUGGGGGGUUCAACUAUAAGAAGGAGAAGCCUGGGGAGGCGCUUGCUAGGUUGGCGCCUGAUGGGGUGGAUAUCUACUUUGAGAAUGUCGGUGGGGAGCAGCUGGAUGCUGUGCUGGAGGUUAUGAAUACGCAUGGGAGGAUCAUCGCGUGCGGAAUGAUCUCUGGGUAUAACCAGCAGCCCAACGAGAGGUACGGGGUGAAGAACCUCAUGAACGUGGUGGGCAAGCGGAUCAAGAUCCAGGGCUUCAUCGUCGGCGACGAGGAUUUCGGCCCGGCCUACCGGGAAGAGCACCAGAAGAACGUCCAGAAAUGGCUGAAGGAGGGGAGCAUCAAGGCCAAGCUCAGCGUCACCGAGGGGAUCGACCAUGCGGCUGAGGGCCUCGUCGGGAUGCUUCAAGGUAAAAACUUUGGCAAGGCUGUGCUGAAGAUCUGAGGGAAGGGGGGAAGUUCGCCUGCAUUGCCCAUUCAAGUCGGUGGAACUUGAAUUGCGGGAUUCCUCGUCUGAAAAGGGAGCAUGGGGUAUGAGAUUUGCACCUUGGGAUUUAAAGGGUAAUGGUUGGUGCUAAAAUAGUAACUUCGGAUUCAAGAAUAAUUCACGAUCCCUUGACUGGUCUCUGACCGGAGGUGGUCACUGUUGCAAAGCUGUAUUCCUCAAUUCCAAC